AUGGCGUCUCCGGUCAGUCCGACAUGUUUGAAAGAAGAGCAAGGCAAGAACCUCGCUCUUCAUCACCUCCAGAUCCAUUUCUCUGAACGCGUCUCACAAUGGUUCUUAAACUCUAUGGAUUUCUCCACUUGCACUCAAACCGUUGCAACAGUGUUGUACAAGACAAACGUUUCGUUCGAGUUCAUCCCAGUCGACAUUAGCAAGGGCGAGCAGAAGGCCCCGGAAUACCUCGUGAUUCAACCAUUCGGACAGGGUGUCCGACUUCAGGACGAUGAUGGAUACAUCGUGUACGAAAGUAGGGCCAUUGCUCGCUAUAUCACGGCCAAGUACGGCGAUCAAGGAACACCCCUCCUCCCAAAGGAUCCAAAGGCAUACGGUCUCUCCGAGCAAGCCGCAUCGAUUGAAGCCUUCAACUUCCAUCCACACGUGUCCAAAGCCGUUGCCGAAAACAUGUUCAAAAAUGGAUUGACCCCAGACCAUGCGGUUUAUGAGGCAGCAAUCUCCGCCCUGGACAAGCAUCUGGAUGUGUAUGACACGAUCCUCGCAAAGCAGAAGUACCUAGCUGGAGAUGAAAUCACUCUUGCUGAUAUCUUUCACGUUGCAUACGGCUCAUACCUCCCUGCGGCGGGGAGUAACGUCAUAGACACAAGGGGCAAAUGGCUUUCGUGGUUCAAGGAGGUGUCCGGAAGGGCUUCCUGGCAGGCGGUCAAGGAUGGUGUCAAAAGUACCACCUAA